AUGACUACCACACACACAUUUCAGGGUUUAAACACGGACAACAAGCCGUCUUCCAGAGUGUUGAAUCCUCCAGGGGGUUCUAGCAGUAACAUCUUUGGUGCCAGCGAUGCACAACCUCAGGCUAGAAAUACAGCCCGCAACAACUCUGACAGCAGUAGCCAGAGUGCCAGUAAUGCAGCUGGCCAGGUCCAGAACACUGCAGCAACCAACAAGUCUCGGGCUUCCAGAAAUGCAUUCAACCCAAUCACUGGAGAGCCAUAUGAGCAACCAAAGCCCAAGCCAGAGCUGCAGCAUCAGGACCAGCCCCAGCCAGAGAAAGCUUCGCAACCUGCGGGGCAGCCAGUUCAGCCGCAGCAGACAGCUAGGCAGGCAGCGGCCCAAAAUAGGAAUCAGAGUGGAAUAUUUGGAGGACCUCAAGAGCCGCAGGAACACAGAUCAACCCGUGUCAGCCAACCACCCGGUGGUCGCUCUACCAACCUGUGGUGA